AUGCUAAUAGAUGGUCCAUCAUACUAUGAUUAUGAUUAUGGAGCCCAAGAAGAGAACUCUGGGGAUACAAACAAUAUUGAAGAGUAUACCGAGGAAGCAUAUAAUCAGAAUAAUGAACAAGAGUACUCUACUGAGUAUGAUGACUAUGGUGAGAAACAGAACAAAGCAAAGGAGAUAAAUGAGGAUGAACGUGAAUAUGAGGAUGAGUAUCAGGAAGUAGAGGUUAAAGAAAAUGAUCUUAAUAAUGAAAAAGAUUUGGUGGAAGUGGAGACAGAAGAAGUGAAUACAGAUAGAGACCAGUUAAAAGUAGAGGCUGAGAACAGGAACAACAUUGCUGAUAUCAAUCCAUCUGAAGAUGUGGAAAAUUCACCUGUAGAGGAUUAUGAAGACACGCCUGAAAACAAUAGAGAAUAUGAAAAUGAGAAUGACCAGAAAGAAUACGAUGAAGAAUAUGAAGAUGAUGAUAAUGAAAAGGUUAAGAAAGAACAAACAACCCAGGUUUCUGAAGUGCAUUCAAAUGAAAUAAAGCCUCUAGAGAUCACUGAAAUAGAUGAAGAUUAUGGCAAUGAAACCUAUGACAAUGAAAAUGAAGUCACAGAAACAGAUGAAAGUGAAUACAGAGAAGAAACAAAAAAUGAAGUGCAUUCAAAUGAAAUAAAGCCCAUAGAGAUCACUAAAGCAGAUGAAGAAGAAGAUUAUGACAAUGAAAUCUAUGACAAUGAAAAAGAAGUCACAGAAAACGAUGAAAGUGAAUACAAAGAAGAAACAAAUGAUGAAACGCAAAACUAUGAUUAUGGCAAAGAAAAUGACAAUGACUUGCCAGCAAUUAAUAAGAACACAAGUUUAGAGGAUUUUGAAAGCAGUGGAUAUGAGCAAGAAAAGAAUAAAUCUUCUGGCCAGGAUGAGUAUGAAGACCAUGAACAUUAUGAUGACUAUGACGAGAGUAGAGCAAAAGAAAAGGAACUAGAAAUUAAGCAAAAUAUUUAUGAAAAGUCUGAUAGUGAAACUGAGGUUCAUGUUGCAAAAGAAACCAAAGAUUCUGACUUAUAUGAGUCUUCUGGGGAUGUCGAUUCUUACAGUGAUUUAGAUUCUGACUACUAUGAAGAGUAUGAGGAAGAGCCAGAUAGUGUUGAUCAGGAUGGGGAACCGAAUAUGAAGAGCCAAGAUGUCUACACUGAAAAGGAUGGGGAUGAAAUUGAUAUCGAUGAAGGGAAGGAAGACAUAGAUUAUGAUGAAAAUAGGAAACCAGUCAAGGAAAUCGAUUUAAAGGAAGAUGUAGAAGAUUCCUCAUCCUGGAUUGAGGGAUCUGGGUAUAAAGUCACUGAUGAUGAAGAUGAACUAGAAUCAUCUGGAAUAAUUUCAGCACCAGCUGCAGUUCCUUAUCAAACAACCAUGAAAACAAUACUUACCCCUCCAACAACAAUGAAAACACCAGUUCAUGAAAGCUUCGAAAAUACAUUUGAUGACGAAGAUCUAUAUUUUGAGUCCUCUGGGGCGGAAGAAGAAGGAUCAGGGAUAUUUCUGGAAGAGAUAGGAUCAACUGGUAGCAGCUUCAGACAAAACUUCUUUCUUCUGUAUGAGGUUGAUAUUAUGUCACUUGAUGCAACUUGUAUGGAAAACUUCCAGAGUGCCCCAACAAUAAAAAAUGCCGAAAUAGCUGGUUAUGAUGCAAGUAGAACAAACGUAGAACUCUCAAGAAAAUAUUCUGUUGUCACCUAUAAAUGCCAGACUGGUUUUGAACUGGUAGAUGAUAGAAUUGAUUCCCUUUUCUGCAGUAAUCUCAGAUGGGUUGGAAAGCAACCUCGGUGUGAAUUGAUCAAAAAUAGUCUUCCUCUAGAUAACAUCUGCCAGGAUGGUGUUGGGAACUGUGAUCAGCUGUGCUACAUGGAGGAUGGAAAACCGGUUUGCUCCUGCCACGAGGGAUUCUACCUGGCUAAGGAUGGAGACACCUGUGAAGAUAUUGAUGAAUGUAAGGAAAACAAUGGUGGUUGUUCACAAAUCUGCAUUAACAGGCCAGGAACCUUCUUAUGUGAGUGUGGCUCUGGGUAUAGUCUUCUUGAUGAGAAAACCUGUCUUGAUGUUAACGAAUGUUUACUAAACAAUGGGCAUGGACCAUGUCAGGAUUCCUGUGAAAACACAGAAGGAAGUUAUCAAUGUGGUUGUGAUAAUCUACCUGGAACCUCACUAGGUGGAGAUGAGCACACAUGUAAACCUGUGGGAGGAUGCAAUGUUAACAAUGGAGGAUGUUCUCACACCUGUAUUGACAGUUAUAAUCAGGUGUUCUGUAUGUGUCCUGCUGGUUAUGUACUGGGAGCUGACUGGAAGGAAUGUGAGGAUGUGAAUGAGUGUGAGACAGAUAACAAUGACUGCUCCCAACUUUGUAUAAAUGUACCAGGUUCUGCUCAUUGUGCGUGCAUGAGAGGGUUUGAGAUGUUACAGAACUCAAGCUGUGUAGACAUUAAUGAAUGCGAGAUUGACAAUGUUUGCUCUCAGACAUGCACUAACACAGAGGGAUCUUAUCUUUGCUCUUGUGACACAGGAUAUAUGCUGGGUCCUGACAGGGUUGAAUGUGAGGAUAUUGAUGAAUGUCUAGUGGACAAUGGAGGUUGUUCUCAGUUAUGUAUUAACAAGGAAGGAAGUAUGGAGUGCGGAUGUCAGGUUGGGUUCCAUCUGGACUCUGAUACUGGAGAAUGUGAGGAUGAUGACGAAUGCUCCAGGUUGGAAGGAUUGUGUGAACACGGAGACUGUAUUAAUACUGCUGGAAGUUACACAUGCAGCUGCCAUCAGGGAUUUGAAUAUACCGAAGGAUCAUGCAGUGAUGUGAACGAGUGUGAGGAUGACCCUUGCGGCGAGGUCGGGGUCUGUACAAAUCUACCUGGAAGCUAUGAAUGCAUGUGUCAACCUGGUUACAGUUUUACUGGAUUUUCUUGUAUGGAUCUUGACGAGUGCAUGAUUGGAAAUCCUUGCGUUCAUGGAAACUGUACAAAUCUGGAGGGUGGAUAUGAUUGUGAAUGUGAACCUGGAUAUUAUGAGGAGGAAGGAACAUGUCUGGAUAUCGAUGAGUGUAUUGUAUCCAAUCCUUGCGGAGUGGGAGUCUGCAUCAAUAUAAUGGGAAAUUAUGAUUGCUCCUGCCCAGCUGGAUAUGAGAGAAAGGACGGAGGUUGUCAUGAUAUUGAUGAAUGUCUGGUUUCCAACCCUUGCGGUCAACAUGGAGAUUGUUCUAAUUUACCUGGAUCCCACCACUGCACAUGUCAUCCAGGGUUUGAGCUGAUGAACGGAGAGUGCAAAGAUAUAGACGAAUGUUUGAUUAACCCUUGUAUCGGAGGAAAAUGCACUAAUCUAUUAGGAAGUUUUGAGUGUAUGUGUAAUCCUGGAUUUCUCCUGGAUGGAUUAACAUGUAUAGAUAUCAACGAAUGUUCAGAAAACAAUGGUGGAUGUCAUCAUACCUGCGUAAAUACAAUCGGAUCUAGAACCUGCAUGUGUGAAUCAGGGUUUAAUCUUCACCCUGAGGAUGAAACUAAAUGCGAGGAUAGAGAUGAAUGUGCAGAGGACAACGGAGGUUGUGAUCAGACCUGUAUCAAUACUCCAGGAGGACAUAGAUGUGAAUGCAGGUCUGGUUUUGUACUCCAGGGAGGUCAAUGCGAGGAUAUCGAUGAAUGCAAGAUUAAUAAUGGAGGUUGUGAACAGGAUUGUAAAAACACUCCAGGGGGUAGAGAAUGUCUCUGUAAGAGAGGAUUUCUCUCCCAUCCUCACAAUCAAUCUAUCUGUGUCGAUAUUGACGAGUGUACGGAGUCUAAUGGUGGUUGUGAUCAGAUUUGUUGGAACUUCCCUGGUGGUCGGAGGUGUGAUUGCCGGAAGGGGUUUCAGCUUCUCUAUGAUAAACUAACAUGCGGAGAUCUGAACGAGUGUACAAAACAAAAUGGUGGAUGCUCUCACUCGUGUACAAAUGUUGAGGGUGGAUAUAUAUGUGGAUGCCCGGCUGACCACGAACUAGGACCUGAUGGAAGGACGUGUGUUCAGAUUGAGAAAAUAAUGUGUCCUCGUAUACUAGGACCAAGGUUUGGAUUCUACAAGUGUACCCGGAGAAGGACUAGUCUUGGAUAUGAGGUUGGAACCAAGUGUAUGAUGAAGUGCAGGAAAGGGUUUAAACCUGUCUCUGACUCCAGGAAAAAAUGUAUGGAGGACGGAGGGUGGCGAGGGGACGAGGGUGAAUGUCGUCCUCUCACCUGUCCUCAGCUUUUCCAACCAACCAAUGGAAGGGUUGAGCCGACAAAUUGUGUAUCAGGACCGAACCCAUUAAAUACAAAGUGUGAAUUUCUCUGCAAUUCUGGAUAUAAGCUAAGCGGAUCAAGGCACGCUAAGUGUGGUGGAAAAGAGGAAUGGAAGUAUUUUGAAGGACCUCCAUCUUGUGUCUCAGAUUUCCCGCCACCAUUUAUAAUGUGUCCAUCAGACCAAACCAAACCUUUGCCCCAAGGAUCGUCUUCGGUUUAUGUUAUGUUUCCUCAACCUAAAACCAAUGUUGAUUGGUUCAGGUAUGUUGAGUCAAAUCCAAGUUGGGCAAAGCAGUUGGAGGGAGAGAUGAAACUAGGACGUCACGUCCUGGAAUUCAAAGCUCGGAGCCCAGGAUCCAACCAAACAGCAUCCUAACAAAUGGUAAUACACGUGAA